GGGCAGUACUUUGCAGUUAUAAAUCCCAGCUCUGCGCUUUGCCUGCUGGCAAAGCAGACAGACUCUUCUUGUUCCCCUGUGUCACACAAAACACAGCUGGGAGGACCUUGGACAUCAAGGCAAGCCAAAAAUCCAUCAGGUUAGAGACAGUGACUGUCUGCCCAGCCUCUAGGAAGUGAUCACCCAUGUUGCUUCGCUGUGUCACCUUGUGCACUGCAGGGAAUAUGAGCACAGAGGAUGCCAGCAACGGGACCUCUCCCACCCCGCCUCUCCUUGGGCUUCUGGUUUCUACCACUGAGCUGGUCCCCCCCAGCCCUGCAUCCCUUGCGAUGGCAGGUCCGCUGCCUGUCAUCGUUGCGCUCGUCUGCAUCUUCCUCCUCCUGGCAACCUUCCUCAUCUUUGUCACCCUCUGCAAGCCAGCAGCACUGGACCAGUCCCGCUCUGGGCUCCAUGAGUGCAUGCCCCAUCACCCGGCAGAUGCCAGUGAGCCCCAGCUGAGGCUCUGGAAACGGCUGGGUUCCCUUCGAUGCUCCAUCAACACCUUCAGGAGGAGUCGGCCAGUGUCCCAGAGACAGCUCGCCUGCCCCAAGAGCUCCCCUGCCAGCCAGGACUGGGACAUCAUGGAGUCUACCAAAAUGUGAUCCUGCUUGGCAGGAACAAACUCACCCUGCAAUCCUAUUCUUUCCCAAGCUUUUGGUUCAGGUCCAGUUCCCUUCUCAAGCAGCCCCUGGUACACCAGGCAUCCCAGCAGAGCCCCUUUGAGCAGCUCAUUUCCAGGCAGCAAUGCUGCAAGGUGACAG